AUGUCGCUACCAUCACAAAGAUUUUCUUGGACAUUGAUUGGAGUUCUGGCAAUGCUGGCCAUCUCCACUGUUUGCGCGCAUCCAAUUCAGGCGUCAACAACAGCAGAUCAAGCCGAAUCUCUGCCUGCUGUGCAGCCUCGCGAUCCGAGACUAAUCCCCGAUACCGAACGUUACCUUUCUGAGGUCUUUGACCUACUGGGCGUUUCAGACCCAACUCCCACGGAAAAAAAACCUAUCGAAACACCUAUCGAAACACCUUCAGAAACACCUUCAGAAACAUCUUCAGAAACACCCUCCGCUACUGGUAUCCUGAGCUCCCUUUUCAAGGCUGAGUAUGGCAAACCGAUAAAUCUCGACGCGACGCCAGUCGUCAGUGCCAGCGGAGUCACGUACUCAGCUACCAUCAAACAAGGAAACCAACAACAAAUUGAGAACAUUCAAAUCGGACCAGGAUAUCAUAGUGGAGAGAAGCUUUCUGCUUCAGAUCUACCGAUUAUCUUUGCUGCCGUGGAGACGGAGCUUGCGUCGCGAUGGCGAGAUGCGGUUGAUAGUUCGGAUGAGCUUGGGUUGGAUGAUAAGUUUAAUCUUUGA